AUGGCAAGGUAUAUUUUCUUGGUAGCAUUUGUGAUUGCUACCGUUAGUUCUUGGGCCCAAGCUGCAGUUGUGGAGCACACCUUCAAUGUGGGUAAUCUGAAGGUAAGAAAGUUAUGCAGAAACUCAAUUAUCACUGCUGUUAAUGGACAAUAUCCUGGUCCAACAAUAAGCGCAUAUGAAGGUGAUACGCUCGUUGUUCAUGUCGUCAACCAUUCACCUUAUAACAUCAGCAUACAUUGGCAUGGCAUCUUUCAGCUACUGAGUGCAUGGGCUGAUGGACCUAGCUAUGUGACUCAAUGUCCAAUCCUACCUGGUAACAAAUAUACAUACAAAUUCAACAUCAUUGCUCAAGAAGGAACUUUAUGGUGGCACGCCCAUUUCUCAUCCCUAAGAACUACGGUCUAUGGUGCUCUUAUUAUCCAACCCAGAGCUGGCCCUAAUGCAUACCCAUUCCCUAAACCCUACAAGGAGGUGCCAAUCCUACUAGGAGAGUGGUGGAAGUCUAACAUGGCGGAUAUAGAGAAGGUGACUAUAAACGCCGGUGGCAUACCACCCCCAUCGGAUGCUUAUACAAUCAAUGGCCGAAUGGGUGAUCUAUAUCGUUGUUCAAGCAAACAUACGUACAAGCUUGAAGUGGAGCCCGGGCAGACCUACAUGCUACGUAUCAUCAACGCUGCAAUGAAUAACCAGCUCUUCUUCAAGAUAGCUGGCCACUCUUUCACGGUUGUGGCCGUGGAUGCCAGUUACACCAUGCCAUACAAGACUGAUGUGCUGGUCUUGGCUCCCGGACAAACAGUGGAUGUUCUCAUGGUCGCCGAUGCUCCUCCUGGUCAAUACUAUAUGGCAGCCAGAGCGUACAUAAGUGCGGUCGGCCCUCCAAAUACCCCUUUCGACAACACCACCACCACUGGCAUUCUUCAAUAUAAAUGCAACAAUGUACCGCCAUCAACCAAUACUGGUUCAUUAAUUAUUAUGCCCUUCAUGCCUGCCUUCAAUGAUACACCCACUGCCUACAAAUUCUACUCCAGCUUAACCGGACUUAUUAAGCCAGGGAUGGCUUCAGUUCCCCUUGAUGUGGAUGAGAAAAUGUUUAUGACCUUUGGCUUGGGAGUUAUGCCCUGCCUACCUGAUCAGACCAAGUGCAACAGAUUCCAAUUGCUUGGAAACAUGAACAACAUAUCUUUCCAUUUUCCCACCAAGAUGUCCUUGUUAGAGGCACACUUCAAUGGCGUCCAGGGGAUCUACACUAGCGAUUUUCCUGACGAGCCUCCUUUGGUGUUUGACUACACCAACAACGCAUUGAACAUUAGCCUGCCUUUGAUAUUGACAACAACUGGCACUAAAUUGAAAAGGCUGAAAUACAACUCAGUAGUUGAAAUUGUGCUUCAGAACACAGCUUUAAUUGGAGCUGAAAGUCAUCCAUUGCAUCUUCAUGGUUUCAAUUUUUUUGUGCUGGCCCAGGGUUUCGGAAACUACAAUCAGGAUUCAGCACAGAAGAUGUUCAACUUGGUCCAUCCGUUGGUUCGGAACACUAUUGCUGUUCCAGUUGGUGGCUGGGCAGUCAUCAGGUUCAGAGCUGAUAAUCCAGGUGUUUGGCUGAUGCAUUGUCAUCUGGAUUCACACCUUCCCAUAGGUCUGGGUAUGGCUUUUGAGGUUGGGAAUGGACCCACACCUUAUUCAACGCUCCCUCCACCACCUCCAGACUUUCCUACCUGCUAG